GCGGUGGGACACCGCGCGCCAGUUGGCGUGUCGCGGUGCGCCAGCGGAUUAGAUAAGGUCGAUCGGUCAGCUCAUCGGACUGAUAUAUAAAAAGCUCGGUUAACUAGGUAGGCGCCGGAGAAGAACAGAUUAUCGGAGAUGAGCAGGGUGUGCGUGACCGGAGGCGCCGGCUACAUCGGCUCCUGGCUCGUCAAGAAGCUCCUCGGCCGAGGCUGCAUCGUCCAUACCACCUUGCGAGACCUCGGGGAUGAGAAGAAGACGGGGCUACUGACGGGGCUGCCGGGCGCGACGGAGCGGCUUGUUCUGUUCGAGGCGGACAUCUACGACGCCGCCUCCUUCGAGCCGGCCAUCGCCGGCUGCGAGUUCGUCUUCCUCGUCGCCACCCCACUGCAGCACAACGCCGGCACCUCCAAGUACAAGGACACGACGGAGGCGCUGGUGGACGCGACGCGCGCCAUCCUGCAGCAGUGCGAGCGGUCCAAGACGGUGAGGCGAGUCAUCCACACGGGCUCCGUUCUCGCGGCGGCGCCGCUCCGGGAGGACGGCACCGGGUUCGAGGACUUCGUCGACGAAUCCUGCUGGACCCCGCUCGGACUGCAAUACGACCACAGCAACGAGAUAAUGGACGCUUACAUACCAUCCAAGACCCUGUCCGAGAAGGAGCUACUGAAGCACAACUCCGAGGGCGAGUCCACGGCGUUCGACGUCGUGGUCCUGCUGUGCGGCCUCGUCGGAGGGGACGCCCUCCUGCCGUAUGUCCCCGACAGCAUGCAGGUUGUGAUAUCGCCCCUCACUGGCAUCGGGCCCUACCACGGCUCCCUCAAGUUCAUGCAGGCCCUCCUGGGCUCCGUGCCGCUGGUCCACGUCGACGAUGUCUGCGAAGCCCACGUCUUCUGCAUGGACUCCGCCAAAGUCUCUGCCGGCGGCGGCAGGUUUCUCUGCGCCACGGCGCGGCCCAACAUGGAAGACAUUGUUAAGCACUACGCGGCCAAGCACCCGGAGCUCAAGCUGCUGAUCCCAGAGGUCGUUGGAGAGGGGGUGAGCGUGCAGGCUAACACGAACAAGCUUGUGGAGAUGGGCUUCGAGUUCAAGUACGGAGCAGAGGCGGUGCUGGAUGGCAGCGUGGAGUGCGGCAAGAGGUUGGGAUUGCUGUGAUAUGCCUCCACGCAUGACGACAUAUUGUUGGGUUUGAAUGAAGAAUUGUACUACAGUUUGAUUUGAAUAUAUUGUCACACUCACACCCAUGACAUAUUGUCUCGGGUUGUUCGUUUGCAUCCUUCCGAUAUCCUAGUGCUUUUUUAGACGUUU